UACAUUACAUUACAUUUAUGAGGUUCGCCCAGCCAGUCAGUCGCACCCAAAUAACUCGUAUUUAGAUAUAUCUUAAUGAUAAAAAAGUAUUUAGUAUUACAUAUAUCUGUGUGCACGAAAUUAUGUUAUUUUUUCUUGUUUGUUAUAUUGUUCGUUGUUACUUCGUUAAUAAUCGUUAGUAGUAUUUUGGGGACUACAGUGAACAGUGGCCGUGUUAAGAAAAAUGAUGAGAGUUAAUUUAAAUAAAAUAAUUUCACUGGCUCGAAUAAGCAAUCUUGAAUUAUCGUUUCUAGCACCGAGAGCACGAUUAUUAGAUGGUUUACAUAGAUCUUUUGCAAAUGAGCCUGGCAGCACAGAAGUGGCGCCGGCGCCGGCGCAGCUCGUUGAGCCACCUCUCGUGGACUCUUUUGGUCGUCGUCACAAUUAUCUGCGUAUUUCGUUAACCGAGCGCUGUAAUUUAAGAUGCCAGUACUGCAUGCCGGCGGAGGGCGUGCCGCUGUCGGCGCGCGGCGCGCUGCUGUCGCGCGCCGAGCUGCUGCGGCUGGCGCGCGUGUUCGUGGCGGCCGGCGUGGACAAGGUGCGGCUGACGGGCGGCGAGCCCACGCUGCGCGCCGACCUGGCCGACGUGGUGCGCGGGCUGCGCGAGGCGGGCGUGCGCGCCGUGGGCAUGACCACCAACGGCCUGGUGCUGACGCGGCGCCUGCCCGCGCUGCAGCGCGCCGGCCUGUCCGCGCUCAACGUGUCGCUGGACUCGCUGCGCGCCGACCGCUACGAGCGCAUGGCGCGCCGCCCGGGCCUGGCGCGCGUGCUGGCGGGCGUGGACCUGGCGCUGCAGCUCGGCUACUCGCCCGUGAAGAUCAACGUCGUGCUCAUGAAAGGUUUCAACGACGACGAGAUAAGUGACUUCGUAGAGUACACAAUGGAUCGCGACGUCGAAGUGAGGUUCAUCGAGUUCAUGCCGUUCUCCGGCAACCGCUGGGACGACUCCAAGCUGGUGCCGUACCGCGCGGCGCUGGCGGCGGCGCGCGCGCGCCACGUGUGCCUGUUCGGCGCGGCGGAGGUGUCGCUGCGGGACGCGGCGCGCGCGGGCGCCAGCGACGCCGCGCUGACGGCGCUGGUCCGCGCCGCGCUGCGCAACAAGAAGGCGCGCCACGCCGGUACGUGCUCUCCGUCCACUACGCAUUGUGACUGGGACCUUUUCCACAAAGCGAGCUCUUCGACAUAUAUUUUUAGGAAUGGAGAAUCUGGCCCGCAUGGAGAACCGUCCGAUGAUCCUCAUCGGCGGCUAGCGUGCCUCGUGCGGCCCGCUACCGGCCCCGCCCGGCCCGCGCCCGGCCCCGCGCUGCUCAGUGAUGUGGAACGUUCACAGCGCGGACUGCAGAGCCGCGCGUCUGGGCGCUGGCGCCGCGCAUCUCGUUCCCGUGGGCGCCGGCCGCGCUCGCCUCCCGCGCGCGGGCCCCGGUGGGCGCCCGCGCCUACAGCUCGAGCGCCGAGGACGACGCCGGCGCCUUCUCGCACCUGGACGGCAGCGGGCGCGCGCGCAUGGUGGACGUGGGCGCCAAGCCGCCCGCUGGCGCUGGACGCGGUGCGCGUGCGCGUGGAGCUGCCGCGCGGCGCGUGCGAGGCGGGCGGCGCGCUGCGCGUGCGCUGCGAGGCGCGCGCCACGGCCCGCACGGGCGUGGAGAUGGAGGCGCUGACGGGCUGCGCGGUGGCGGCGCUGGCGCUGUACGACAUGUGCAAGUCCGUGGACCGCUCCAUGCGCAUCUCGGAGCUGCGCGUGGUGCAGAAGUCCGGCGGCCGCAGCGACGUGUCGCCGGCGCCGCCGCCGCCGCUGCGCGCGCCGGACCGGUCGCCGCUGGGCGAGGGUGAGACCUACGCGCCCACGAACGUCAUGCACUUUUGAACUCUAGCUUAGAGUCCACGUCGGGGAUCGUUCAAGUUAAGCAUUCGGAAACUGCUGUUAUCACAAUUGUUUAAAAACAAUAUUUUCUUGUCCUUGAUAAGGUGCUAUAAAAAAAUUAGGCAGGUACUUCAUAGAUAUGAAACUAGUAACAGCAUUUUGAUUUUAAAAUUAAGCAA